AUGCAAUAGAGUUCAUUUGUCUUAAGUAAUAAACAAUAUGGUUCAAUUAAUAUAUAGAGAAAAGAUGUUAAUGAUUAAUAGUUUACUAUAUUUUAAAAUUAAAAGACUACAAAAAAAAAAGUAAAAGAUAAAGGAGUCAAUUCAUAUAAACCCUUAGCAAAGACAACACAUUCUCCAAAAUUGCCUAGAACAUAAUAAAUCACUCCAAAACAGUUUCCCCUUGAAGAUUGUCUUUCCAAAAAUCAAGCGUUGAAUUGAAUACCCUUAAUUCUAGGUAUAUCUUGUUGUAAUUUUAGUUUGAUGAUUCCAAAAAAGACCUAGAAUGAAAUUGUACCAGUGGAAAAAGUUCAAGAUUUUGUUCAAUCAUUAAAGAGUUAGAAUUAUGGAGCAACAAAUUUAUAUAUCCAAGAAUUGAGAAAAUUAUCAAAAAUGAUCUUAAAUAAUUGA